UACCUUUCUCUGUAUAUUAGGCAUCAUUUUGUUAACUAUAAGAUAUUUUCUAGAUUUACAAUAGUGGUGUAUAUAUUUGUAUAUAAAACCAUGUCAGUGGUUACAUCAGGCAGAACACAACGGCGAGACAAAUCGUCCACAAAUGCAGUGAAAAGUUCACAAGUCACAAAGGCGACAGCCGAUCAAAUACGACUUGCACAGAUGAUCAGCAAUAAUGGGAGGGAGGAUGAUGUUGAAAUGCAUAACAGUGUCGAAAAGAUUAUAGAAAUCACCGGAACCUCAGAAGACAUCGCCCGUACUGCACUAUAUGACACAAACAAUGACACAAACAGAGCCAUCGAACUUAUCUUGGAAGGUGGAUCUUUUAAUCAGAAAAACGAAUGGGAAACUGCAACACGACGAAAGGGUAAAACGGUUCCAACGUCUGGACAAAGUAAUGAUUCGUACGAUGAAGAGAUAAAGGAUGAUUUCACUUCACAGAAUAAUAGAGAGCGAAGUGACAACAGAGGUCGUGGCAGAGGGAAAGGAAAAGGGAAACGAGGUAAAAGUGGUGACCGGGAUCGAACAGCGGAAGAUGACACUCGUGGUUUAGAGAGCAGGGAUCGUCAAAGAGGAGGAAGAAGAGGACGAGGAAGAGGGAACUCUAAUGCUGGUCGAGGGGGGAGAUACCCUGCCAGAGGACCUCGAAGAUUUGCUCGUUAUAACAGGGGUGGGUACAACGGUCCAAGGCACCAAACUGAUGCAAAUAAUCAAAACGAAUUUGAUGAUGGUUUUGGAACAUUUAACAAACACGAUGACACCACAGCACCUACAGAAGUUGGGCAAGAAGUAGAAGAAGACUGGGGAAUGGAAGUUGGUACAUGGACUAAUGACGACACUCAAAAGUCACAUGAUAAAAAGAACGACUCGUUUUCUGAAGCGUGGGGAACUGAAAGCUGGAAUGAUGAUCUCACAGAAACGAAGGUGUUCCAGUCACAAAACACAAUGUCAGCCCCGAUAAGUGGUGCUCUGCCUUCCACCACUAUAUCCAACCAUGUACAACCAUCUUCUGCACCACAGAUGGGAGAACGCAUUGAUAUCGAUUCACUUUUCAAGAAAAAUCAUCCAGGCACAACCACUGAUGGAAGUUAUAAGGCGAAUGAUGGUUUGGUUUUCAAUAACAGUUCAUCUACACACCAUUCACCGCCGUCUGUUAUACAACAACUACAACAGCAAGGACAGUCAAACUCGUUGUUCAGUGAUAGCAAGCCAGUCAAUGAGAUGGAUGCUCCGUCGUCUCGCUUGUUUGGUUCAUACGAUUCACAGAAUAAUAAACCGGGAUCUGUGAACACAAACCACUAUGGUGGAUCCACACAAGGCCAUGCGCCUGAUAAUCCCUAUGCUCAAUACAAUGGUAAAGUGAGCAUGGAUGAACAGAAGGGAUCCGCACUAUUAGGAACAUUUGGUGAACAAUUUAAAGGGCCCGACCAGAGUACUAUGCUUGGUCAAAUAUCGGAUAUUACCAAAUCAGCAUUCACUGUAAUCAAACCGAAUGAACCACAAGUAACAUCUGGGUCACCAGAUUACAACAACUUCUCGCAAGCUCAACAGAGGGAAGCUACUGAAGCUGUGAAAGCAUCGCUUGGUCUUCCUCCUGUAACAAGUGAACAGGUAGAAGCAUCACGUACGAUGCCACCAGGUCUACCACAGUCGCAACACAACACUUUAUCAUUUGGUGCUCCACAGUCGGUUAUCAGCCAACCUAAACAACAAAGGAGGAAACAAAAUAAGAUCCCCGCAUCCGCUGUUGAGAUGCCAGGAUCAGGUGGAGGAGGUUACCACGAACUAUCCUCGUUCGAUCUUCAAUUUGGUGUGGAUGACCACUCGAGUGCGCCACCUGAUUUUGAACAGAGCAACGCAACCAAUCAGAGCAAUCUCUACAAUCAAAGUGUUGCUUCAUCCCAAACCUCAAUGUUGAACCACAUGCCUCCAUCAAGCAUCCCUGAAUCUUCCAUGUUUUCCUCUCAAAUCAACAGCAACAGUAAACAGAUGGAUGGACAGAUCCUACCAAGAUCUUCAUAUCAAAGUUUACAACCAGAGUUGACUCAAAACUUAAACCAGAUUGGUGGAACAUCUGAUGUUUUAUCUGGAUCACAAACCACUGAAGCAAGUUUUCCACACCAUACACAAUCCCAACGGUUCCCCGACUCGAUGAAGUCUGCAGAGAACCUACGAGGACCUCCAGGAAUCGCUCAUCCGCAAAGUCACUCCUCUUCAACCCCCUCUGGUGUGCAAACCUCCCUCGAUAUGCCGGGAGUUUAUCCUUCAGGUCGAAUAUCAGCGAGUGGUAACUUACCCAUUGGUUUACCACAUGAAACAACUAUAGAAUCAAGCCACCCAUCCCAUUCCCAUUCAUACUACACCUCUACAUCUCUUGCUCAACAAAGUCAGCAAUCUGGGCCCGAUAUGUCCAACUCUGCAGGUCGGAGUAUAAGGUCACCUAUUCCCACAUCAAGCUUGCCAUCAAGUUUACAAGUUUCACCAAUGGCCCAUAUUACUGGCACCCCAUCUAAGGAUUCUUCAGCCGUGAUAUCUUCUCUGGCAUCUGGGUUAGGACAAACCCAUAUUACCCCGCACGUGGGGUCGACCCCGACCAAACUAACCCCUUCCACAUCAGCCCCUAUUAAUAUUUCUAAAGCUGUUUCCCCUUCAAGUACCCCCCUUGCUGGUUCGCUCACUGGGGGCGCAGGGUAUAUGAAUAUGCAGAUGCCGUAUAGCGCAAACUCUUCGAUGCAAUCCCAGAACUCCAUGAUCCCGAGCGCAUCUUCUCCUGGAAAGCAUUUAUCGAGCAAUGAUCUUUACACAUCAGCAGGUCAUCCGUCCUCACAUCCGGGACAUCAGUCUUCCACCACCUCAUCAAACACGCUUGGAUCAGCGCUAGGUGGCGCCACAUUACCAUCUGCGGCAAAUGAUACCAACAAACCAUCAUCGCUUGCUAACGCAUCCAAAGCUGGUCCACCAAAUUUACCACUCGGUGUCCCACCAUUACUGGCUAACCAAUACGGCAUUCCAGUGGCUCCAGGGCUCAUGACAGCUUAUACACCGGAGGCUCUGUAUGGAUAUACUGAUCCACUGAUGGCUGUUCAGUCACGAGUUGUAAAUCACCAGAUUCCAAGUUAUUACGAUAUGUCAUCAUUCCACAACACAAGCAACCAAUCUGCGAGUUCUGCAUCGGUGAACAGGGAUUCUACUUCUGCAACUUCUAGUCAGGGUAAAUUUGGUCGUGGUGAGCCAUCCAGCCCCACACCAGGCAUUGGAAUGAUGGGAUCACUUGGUAGUGGGUUGCCACAACAACAAGUAGCUACUGGUCAACAUAAUGCACAGAUGAAAGUAUCCCAAGCAGUCACCCACCAAUCUCAACAACCCUUCAUGAAUAUUCAAGCUGCAGCUGCCCCUGCUGCUUAUCCUGGUUUCAAUGGGUUGUAUUACAAUGCUUUCCAAUAUCCACCUAUGUAUGCAGCUACUGCUGUACCACAGAAUGCGAAGCACUCGGUGAAUACAACAACUGCUUUUCAGCAACACGGUACAGGUUAUGGAAAUGCUUAUUCAACAGGGUACGACGCAAAUGCAAUAAACCUGCAGCAUAUCACACACUCAUUGAACCAGCACAAAGCAGGCUCUAGUUUCGCAUUAAAACCUUCAGUCAAUGUUUCAACAGCCAGCAAUUUGCACGAUUUGCAAAAUCAAGGUUUUGGAAAAAAUCACAUUUCGGCAUAUGAGAAGCAGCAAGCAGCUUUUCAUCAUCACACUAAUACUCCACCACCAGCCUUCAAUAUUCAGACUCUGACAGCGGCGAUGGCAGCAGCUAAUACAGGAGCUGCUGGUGCGGCAGGAGGGGGUCCUGGUAUGAGUCCAUAUACACAGGCUCCCUUCAUGACAAUGUUGCAUGCCCAUCAUCUACACUUACCGCAGCAUAAUGAUGUCGGACAGAGUGUUGGUUCACAGAGAUCACAGCAAGCCACCAGUACAAUGGGGAAGAAUGCUACCAAGGCACCAUUUGGUAGCACAGGACAGUACUGGGGGAACUAAGCUUCUUUCAGAAUUGUCUGUCUGCCUAAACACGGCCCGUGUGCCUCAUUGUAAUCAUAUUGUGGUUGUUCAAUUAGUUCUUUGUACAAACGAUAGAAUUACUUGCCUACAGGCGAGUAGCAAUGGAAUUUCUAAUUGAGCCCAAUGUAAAAAAACUUAUCAUUAGAAUGUGCUUUUGUAGUAAUAACUGUGUUUUGUUGUCUUUUUUGUAUUGUUCCCAUUCUAUUACGUAGCAUUACUCGCUGACUUUUCAGCUCUUUGAUGCAAGAUCAUAGGCCAGAUCUCUUUACAUUGAAGAAAUUAAUACGGUUUCAAUUGAUCUUUUCCCUACUUUCCCCCAUACACAGUUUCAUGUGUACAUUUGCUUGUACUUACCGACGCUUGUUCUGUAUUUACUAUUCCCGAAAAAGUAGCACGCCUGUGUGCAAGCUGUACAUGCAAAGAAAUUCCAAAAUUCCCAUGUAUAAUAUCAAAACAAAAGUUUAGUUUUUUCGGCUUUGGCUUUUUCUAAUUGUGAGGUGAUAUAAGUUCAAUAAGCGGUACUACUAUCAAUUAAUUUAAAUUCUCAUUAAACUGGUUACCACAACAAACAGUAUGGACACUAACCAGUGUUACUGAAGGAGUAAUAUAUGGAACUGAUAUUGGAUUGAAAA